AUGGAUUUGCAAAAUAGUUGGAAAUGGUCGAGUAAUUAUGACCUGACCAAUUACACCCUAGUAGUGCCCAGCGUAGCUGUUGGAAAUGUGGCACAACUUGCGUGUGAUCUUUUGAUCGCUACAUUACGGAUGGAAAAGCUAGCUUCGAUUUAUACUACAGCUCAAGUUCCUUUAGUUGGAUGUGACCCAUACAAUUUGGCUUCAAAUACUUUAGCAACCGCCUGUGAGUUAUAUGUAUCGGCUAUUCACAAUUUGCUUGUUCUUCAAGUCAGAUCUCCACUUAUACAAAAACGAGCGCGAAGUUUCUUGGAAAAUUUAGUAGACCAGUUUCAGCAAAAGCAAAUUAAAGAUAUCAUAAUACUAUCAAGUAGUUUUGCGCAUGAGAAAAAGCACAUAAUGACAUCACCAUUCAGAUUUAUUGCAAGCAAUAACACACCUUACUCAGAGCGGAUUCAGAUGGCAAACUUAAUUCCACAUGAACAACCUGAAAGUGACAUUAAAAUAUUUGGUGGUGGGUAUGCUGCGAUUCUAUUUAAUAUAUGUAAAGAGAAAUCUCUACCAUGUUUGUGUGUUUAUAAAUACUGCUCAGAAGGAGACAAUGUACCUGAUGCAUAUGAUAUGGUAGAACAACUUCAAAACAUCUUUCCACUUUUGGAUAGAGAUCAAAAUCCUACCACUCAGUUCAUGCAACCUGCCUCAUGGAAACUUUUAUUUGGCAGACCACCUCCACAAGAGAUCUAUUAA